CCGAAAGUGCCUACCCACCACUUUCGGCCGUUCCGGACGCAACGGUGCUGCCCGUUUUUCGAAAUUCGGCUCCGAUUUUUCUGAAACAGAAAAUCAAAAUUAUUUAGAAGGUGAAAAUGACCUUUGACGAGUCAACUUCAUCUUCCGGAGCUAUGAUUAUGCUCACGGCUACCAAUUACACGCUAUGGAAACCUCGGAUGGAAGAUUUCCUUAGCUGUAAAGACCUUUUUGAUCCAGUAGAGAUGAAAGGUAUUAAUCCUGACCCGGCCAAGUCAACGGAGUGGAAGAAAAUUAAUAGAAAAACUAUUGGUCAAAUCCGACAAUGGAUUGACCAUAGUGUCUUCCACCAUGUUGCACAAGAGACCGACGCUUAUGCCCUUUGGAAGAAGUUAGAAGAUAUGUACCAGGCCAAGACUGCUAGGAACAAAGCCUUACUGAUGAGGCGUCUUGUCAAUAUGAAGCUCAAAAGUGGAACUUCUGUUGCUGAACAUACUAGUCAAUUUCAGAGUCUGGUAAAUCAACUGUCUUGUGUAGAAAUGCCACUUGGAGAUGAAAUGCAAUCUCUACUACUUCUUAGUUCCCUUCCUGAUAGUUGGGAGACACUAGUUGUUACUCUCAGCAACUCAGCUCCAGAUGGCAAACUUACCAUGUCUGUGGUCAAGGAUGCACUGUUCAAUGAGGAGGCAAGAAGGAAAGACAUGAGCACAGAUGAGACUCAUGCCCUUGUGACGGAGAAUAGAGGAAGAUCACAAGGAAAACAACAAAGAAACAGUAGAGGGAAAUGGCAAAGCAGAGGCAAAAGUCGGGGGAGAUCAUCAGAUGGCCGGAAACCUUCUUAUACCUGCCACCAUUGCGGUAUAGAGGGUCACAUGAAGAAGAAUUGCUACAAAUUGCUAGAGGAGCGAGGCAAGAGCAAUUCUCAAGCGAAGAACAAGGGUGGUGAAGCGCUCAUCACAAUCUCAGGUGAUGUGGCGUAUUGUACUGCCAAUGAUGAAACAUGCCUUCACGUCUCAAGAGAGGACACUGAAUGGGUGGUAGAUACUGCAGCAUCCUACCACGUUACUCCCCACAGGUACUACUUCACAACUUACAAAGCUGGAGACUUUGGAGCAGUGAAGAUGGGUAAUUCCAGUUCAUCUGAAAUAGCUGGAAUUGGUGAUGUACAAAUAAAGACGAGUUUUGGGAGCACAAUCACUUUGAAGGAUGUCAGACAUGUUCCAGACCUUCGUCUCAAUCUCCUGUCAGUGGUAUGUCUUGACGAACAGGGAUAUGAAAACCACUUCAAUAGGGGCACCUGGAAAAUGUCAAAGGGCGUUUUGACAAUCGCUCGAGGACAUGUUUGUGGCACAUUGUACAAAACUCAUUUGAGGAUUUGUACAGAUAGCCUCAAUAUUGCUGAGGAGAUUACUCAGAAUCUGUGGCAUCUGAGGCUCGGCCACAUCGGUGAGAAAGGGUUAACUACCUUGAUGAAGAAGAACCUUAUCAACAUCGACAAGAAUGCUGCACUGGG